GCCGCCGCCUGUCCUGGUGCCCACCUCUUCUUCUUCCAUACCAAGGAACUGUUCCGUCUCCGUCCCCACCUCACUGGCGAUCCGAACUCCAGACUCAAAAUCUCCGUGAACCGAUGAUUCCUCUGGUUUCAUAAGGCGAAUUCCGAUUAUUGCACUCAUACGCGGGCGUUUCGAUUCUAGGUGUACACUGAUCUCGGAGACACGCUAGGAAUAGGGGCGAAUCCCCCAUUCGGUGCGGUCCUGGGGUUCCGGAAGCGGCGAGGCAGGAGGGAAAUGAGGGAUGUGGUCGUGGCUGAGGAAGAUUGCGUCCGCGUGCUUGGGCCCGGUCCGGAGGUACGCGCGUACGAGGAAGGAUGAGGACGGCAGCGACAAUGGCCGCGGCGGCGUCGCCGACGACCUGCUCUGGUCGCGGGACCUCGGGCGCCACGCGGCGGGUGAGUUCUCGUUUGCCGUCGCGCAGGCCAACGAGGCGUUGGAGGACCACAGCCAGGUGGAGACGGGAGCUGCCGCAACCUUCGUGGGCGUCUAUGACGGCCACGGCGGCGCCGAUGCCAAACAUACUACAACUGAUCCAAUUAUCUUCAUUGUGCUAAAAUAAUAUCUUCUGCUCUGCUAUCUUGUAGGACUUGCUCAAGAAAAUGGAACAAUAUCUGAGAAUGUUGUCCGGAGUGCAUUUGCUGCUACUGAGGAAGGUUUCUUGACACUUGUGCGGAGAACACAUUUUAUAAAGCCUUUGAUUGCUGCAGUUGGAUCUUGCUGUCUCGUUGGUGUCAUAUGGAGAGGGACGCUGUAUGUGGCUAAUCUAGGUGAUUCCAGGGCUGUAAUUGGCCGUUUAGGUAGAUCAAACAAGAUUGUUGCUGAGCCACUCACAAGAGAUCAUAAUGCAAGUAUGGAGGAAGUGAGGCAUGAACUUAUAUCCCGUCAUCCAGAUGAUUCUCAAAUUGUUGUUCUCAAGCAUGGUGUUUGGCGCAUUAAGGGUAUAAUUCAGGUUUCAAGAACAAUUGGGGAUGCUUAUUUGAAGAGGCGGGAGUUUGCUCUUGAUCCCUCCAUUACUCGUUUUCGACUUUCGGAGCCUCUCCGCCGCCCUGUUCUUACAGCAGAGCCAUCUAUAUAUACAAGAGCACUUCAUCCACAAGAUAAAUUUAUUAUUUUUGCAUCUGAUGGUCUUUGGGAGCACCUGACAAAUCAACAAGCUGUUGAAAUUGUCCAGAGCAAUCCACGAAGAGGAAUUGCAAAGAGACUAGUAAGAACAGCAUUGAAACAAGCUGCGCGGAAGAGGGAAAUGAGAUAUGAUGAUCUGAAGAAAGUCGAGAAGGGAGUGCGCCGCUUCUUCCACGAUGAUAUUACAGUAGUGGUCGUCUACAUUGAUCAUGGAUUACUGCAACAGAGGGAUGCUUCCUUGCCAGAACUCUCAGUCCGUGGGUUUGUGGAUUCAGUUGGACCCUCGAGGUUUUCAGGGGUAACUGCCAUAUCCUGACCUGCUAAUUCAGCAGCACAAUUUUGAUGAGCCUUAUUCCAGUGGCAUCUGACUAUAAGAGUGUUAUGCUUCACCAGGCUGUUUUCAGUUUUGCUUUUGCCGAGUACUCCAAAUACUUUCAUGGCACUUUUGUGAGGCCUGAUAUUUCUCGAAAUAAGAGGCUCAUGUUGCUAUGCGAUGUUUAGUACAAUUAAUAUUGAUGAUGAUGUGAAAUGUUUUGUGCAAUUGUGAAUGCCUGGAA